AUGAAAAGAGGAUGUAAAGCUAGUGAAAGCAGCAUUUUCCCUGGUGGGGAUUUAGAACGUUCGAAGAAGAUGAAGAAGAAGAAGAAGAAUAGAAAAGAUGAAUACACAGAUGUGUCAAGGAUUCAUGAUUGGGGAAAUUUGCUUCCAGACAUCAUACUCCAAGUUUUUCAGUAUUUGCCUCUGCUGGACCGUGCUCAUGCCUCACAAGUUUGUCGAAACUGGAAUCAUGUUUUCCAUAUGCCUGAUCUGUGGAGAUGCUUUGAAUUUGAACUGAAUCAGCCUGCUACAUCUUAUCUGAAGGCAACACAUCCAGACUUGAUUAAGCAGAUUAUCAAGAGACACUCAAAUCACUUGCAAUAUGUCAGUUUUAAGGUGAGUCGUAUGAUCGGUAAAUUAUAUUUCAUUUACUACAGCAUAUUGAAACCCAAUGCAUGUUUUGUUUGUUGUUUAUUUUAUUAUAAACACUCUUAUACAGGUUUUUUUUCUUUCUUUUUUUUUUCCCCCAAAAUGUUCCAUAACUAAGGGUCCCUGCGUAAAGUUUGGUUAACUUGGCAGGUUAAAGUGUGACGCACAAUGCCUGGAUUUGCUGGGAAUUGUUCUCUGAAUUUCUUUGUCCAAGUUGGACUACAUAAGGGGAAACUUGAGAGAUGCAAGUCAAUGUAACAUUGAUUUUAUAUUUGCAUAAAGUUCUGAGGAGAAUUGUUCUAUUUUUAUUUUUUAGUUUAAUUUAUUGUGUUUUUGAAUGACUACAACUUAUUUGUAUUUGAUAUAUUAUAUCCUAGUGCUCCAUCAGUGAAAACAUUUUUCUUCUAUAAUAUAUGUAUAGGCUGAAAUACCUGGCACUCAGGAUGCAAAACAUGGCAGGGUGCACUACCAGGGCUCCAACAUCCAAUUUGCAAAUAGACAGCUGCACUCUCGGUCUUUCAAUAAAAAUUUACUUUUAUUCCAUAGUAGUUAAAAACUGGAUCAACGUUUCAGUCUCACAUAGAGAUUUUCUUCAGGAUCAUAGAUAUACAUUUGUUCCCUCAAUCCUAUUCCCUCAUAUCUCAUUCGCAUUAUGUCUCCCUCUCUUGCUCUUCCUCUCAAUUUUCAAACUCUUCCUUUCUUCUGGCACAUUCCCCUCACCCUUCAAACAUGCAACUGUAACCCCAAUUCUGAAAAAGCCCAGCCUUGACCCCAACUCCCCAUCCAACUACCACCCUAUCUUGCUACUGCCAUUUGCCUCCAAGAUCCUCAAGAGUUGUGUACAUCAGACUGACUUUCUUGAAUCCAAAUCUCUGCUUGACCCCCUUCAGUCUGGAUACCGCGCUGGUCAUUCUGUUGAAAUGGCUGUGACCAAAGUAUCCAACGAUUUAAUUGCUGCUAAAUCUCUUAUUCUAAUUCUCCUUGAUCUUUCUGCUGCCUUUGCAGCUUCUUCGCAUUCUCCAUAAUUUUGGUCCACAGGAUACUGCUCUCUCCUGGUGCUCCUCCUACCUCUCCCAGCGCUCUUUCAGUGUUUCUUUCUCUGACACUGCCUCUUCUUCGCCCCACCCCCCUCUCUGUUGGCGUCCCCCAAGGUUCUGUCUUUGGUCCACUAUUGUUCUCCAUCUAUACUGCCUCCCUUGGUAAACUCAUCAGCUCAUUUGGCUUCCGUUAUCACUUAUAUGCAGAUGACACGCAAAUCUACCUGUGCUCUCCUGAUAUUGACUCGUGUCUCUGACUGACUGCCUCUCUGCGAUUUCCAACUGGAUGGCUGCUCACUUCCUUAAACUCAGCCUGUCCAAAACAGAACUUCUGGUCUUUCCUCCCUCAAGUGUUACUACUCCUGUGUCUGUCUCCCUCCAAGUCUACGGCGCUACCAUCACCUCUACCUCGCAGGCUCACUGCCUGGGUGUUCUUUUUGACUCCAACCUCUCUUUUACCCCUCAUAUCCUGUCACUUCCAUCUCAAAAACAUAGCGCGCAUCCACCCCUAUUUAAACCCGGAUGCGGCUAAGGUGCUGGUCCGUGCUGUUCUCUCUCGCCUUGACUACUGCAAUCCCCUUCUCAGUGGUCUUGCGUCUUCCCAGAUUGCACCGCUGCAAUCUAUAAUGAAUGCGGCGGCGAGGCUCAUUUUCCUGUCCGCUCGUACCUCCCACGCCUCUCGGUCAGUCCCUGCAUUGGCUUCCAGUUAGAUAUAGGGCUCAAUUUAAAAUUCUGGUGCUUGCUUACAAGUCCCUAUAUAAUGUUGCUCCAACCUACCUAUCCUCCCUAAUACGCAAGUAUGUCCCGUCGAGGCCCCUACGCUCUGCCAAAGACCUAUGUAUAUCCUCUGUCCGUACUCCCACCUCUAAUGCUCACCUCCACGAUUUCUCCAGGGCUGCACUUCUUCUGUGGAACUCCCUUCCUUUCUCCGUAAGACUUUCACCCAGUCUCCACUCAUUCAAAAAAAUCAUUGAAAACACCCUUCUUCAAGAAAGCAUAUCAAUUAAACUGUUGGCAGGUUUUUAUCCUCCUUCCCCCAUGACUCCUCUCCUGCAACUGUCAAAAUUACCUACUAAGCCCUCAGUGAAUACCUUUCUAACAACCUACUUCGUACCCCUACUUUUACCAUUUGUGUCACUAUACCCCACUCCCUCUAGAAUGUAAACUCAUUAAGCAUGCCCCUCCACCUCUCUUUUCCUGUUCGUCCAGUUACAAUUACAUGUCUGUUAGUCCACCCAUUGUACAGCUACGGAAUCUGAUAGCGCUAUGUAAAUAUUAAAAUAAUAGACAUAUAUCAAACAAUGUGAGUGUAUAUAUGACACAUAAAUGGGAAUAUUGAUCUACCCCAGGUACAGUGUGUUGAGAACGGCGUCCGGCCGGAUCCUAUGCGCGUGUGUGUUGGAGCUCCACCCCUAAUUGUGAUGAUGCCGCUGUUGUUACCAUAGCUAUGCGGCUUAAUUAAAGUCUCUAUGAGGACCGUGUAUACAAUAAAGUGAGCUCCCACUUUUUAGUGCGAUCUGCAAAUAAACAGCCUAAGGGACUUUGUAUUAUGAAGUGCAGAAUACCUAUAUCAAAGACCUGAGAAUAAAGGACGAUUAUAUAAAAAAAAAAAAAAACUUCUAAGAGAUGUAAGAUAUGCAGUGCGGAAUACUGUAGAGUGCUGUAUAAUUUAAUGUGCAAUCAUGUCUACAGUGGUUCACUGAUAUAUAGAAAGUGACUUAGUGCUGAAUUGUUAAAAUAUUAAAAUACAGUGAUGUGUGCAUAAAAACUGACCGUGAAAACGAUGAUACAAUAUAUAAAGAGCUAUAAUUGCAGACUUCAGUUUUUAUGCACAUCUAUAAACAGCAACUACAUUAAGGCAGUUUAUUGAGCAGCCUUUUUAAUUUUCAUCCUUGCGUCUGCUAUAUAAUGUGUGUGUGUGUGUGUGUGUGUGUGUGUGUGUGUGUAUAUCUAGUUCAACUUCUGCAUGUCAUUGUGUCCUUCUGUUUUUAGGUUGACAGUAGUAAAGAAUCAGCAGAAGCCGCUUGCGAUAUCCUAUCACAGCUUGUAAACUGUUCUCUGAAAACGCUUGGACUCAUUUCCACUGCAAGACCUAGCUUUAUGGAUUUACCAAAGGUACAUUCUUAUGAUAUGAGACACCAAGCCCUACUGUAUAUGUUGUAUGUACUAUCUUUUUGUCACUUGUGA